AUGGUCCUCUACACUACAGUCCAGUCCUCUAACAACCAAAUAUCCACCUCCCUCCCGCCAGACCUCGUUGCCGUCUUCGCCGGCGGGACCAGCGGGAUCGGUGAAUACACGCUGAAAGUGUUCGCCGAGCAUGCGAUGUCCCCGCAUGUAUAUUUCAUUGGGCGCUCGCAGGAGGCAGGAGAUCGGAUUGCAAGGGAGUGUAAGGGGAUUUGUCCAAAGGGGGAGUUUGUCUUCCUCAAGGCGGAUUUAAUAUUAAUGAAGGAGGUGGAUCGGGUCUGUGAGGAGAUCAGGAGCAGGGAGAAGAGUGUGAAUUUUCUAUUUCUGACUCAAGGGGCGAUGACUCCCGUUGUUGAUAAGAAGGGUUUAGGAAUGAUGGCACGGCUGCCCGGCUGUGGGAGCAUACGCUGA